AGGAAGAAAGGGAAGAUGACAAGAAUGUUGAUUCUUUUGCUUGGGGGCCUUGCGGCUCUCUGUGCGGGACAAGGAGUGUUUAUGGAUAAACUUUCUUCUAAGAAGUUGUGCGCAGAUGAGGAGUGUGUCUAUACUAUUUCUCUGGCCAGAGCACAGGAAGAUUACAAUGCCCCAGACUGUAGAUUCAUCAAUGUCAAGAAAGGGCAGCAGAUCUACGUUUAUUCCAAGCUGGUAAAAGAAAAUGGAGCUGGAGAGUUUUGGGCUGGCAGUGUUUACGGUGACCACCAGGAUGAGAUGGGAAUUGUGGGUUAUUUCCCCAGCAACUUGGUCAAAGAGCAACGAGUAUACCAGGAGGCCACCAAGGAAAUCCCCACCACGGAUAUUGACUUCUUCUGUGAAUAAGAAAUUAAUUAAAACUGCAGAUAAAAUAAAAACACCAAUGAUGAAGAGGAGACAUGAAAUAACAAAAACUAUGUGUCUGUACCUUUCUGGCUUUAUUUUGGUGGCGGGAGUUUGGAUGUUGAAGGUGCUAAUAUACGGGAAUUGUCAGCUCAGUUUUGUUUCCUGCUGUCGGGUCUUUCCACAGGCUGCUGCACUGUGCUGUGUGACUCACAGAAGCCAUUUAUAACAGGACUUAAUUUUCAGUGAGGCAUAUCUUCAUUUACUCAGUGACCCACAUACAAGGUUCUUUAUCUGUUGUUACUUCUCAAAGGUCAUUCUUUCCAGUUCUGACUCCAUGCACCUAAGCGUGGUGAGUUAAAGUCUGACUUUUGGACUUUUGAAGUCUUAAUACUGUAUUUGUCAGGACAGUUUAACAUUGGUACUUUUUUAUAUUGAAUACUCUUGGAUGUAAGGAUGUUGGGUAUAAAAAGAGCU